GGGGUGUUUGGAUUUGUGUUUGAGCAGAUAUGAUUUGACCUUCGUUCAUUUCAGUUUUCCCACUUUCUCCUCUCAGUAAACUUUUUCACCUUCCCUCUAGACUCCAGCGGGUAGCUUGUGGGUGUUGGUGGAGUGUGUCUGUCAGAGGAUCAGCCGCUCUCAGCGCUUCAGGAAUGCACUUCGCAGGAAACGCAGCUCGGUGCUCGGACACCUCCUGCUUUCCUUUUCCCCCCCUUUUCUUAAUGAGGAGUUAUAAAUGAAUGAAGGAUAUGCGCUCGUGAAGUAGCGAUCGUUUUCUUCAGUCCGGUUCCCCCUUCCUCAGUCCGCCGGGCCGCAGCCGGGCUGAGGACAGAGGAGACCGGAGUGAGCACUCCCUCGCGGGGCAUGGAAAGCGGCGGCCGGGCGGUGCUCCAGCGGGCGUUGGGCGGUGGAGGAGGAGGAGGCGGCGGCUGGGUGCUGGUGGAGGCCCGGCUUCAGGGAGGAGCGCCGUGGGGCUUCACCCUGCAGGGCGGCCUGGAGCACGGAGAGCCGCUCAUCGUCUCCAAGGUAGAGGAGGGCGGUAAGGCAGAAAGUGUGGAGGUGCCUCUGCUGGUGGGGGAUGAGAUUAUCAUCAUUAACAACGUGGAGCUAACAGGAUACAGACAGGAGGCCAUCGCACUGGUGAAAGGAUCAUACAAGACUCUGCAGCUCACCGUCCGCAGGGAGAUUGAUCCAGGAUAUAUCGAGGAGUUUGGUACUUCAUAUCCAUCUCUACCCACUCUUCCUCCUCCUUCUCCUCCUCCUCCUUCUCUAUUACCACCACAACAACAACAAACACCACCCUCAUCCCACCACUGCGGACCGUGUUCAGCAGACAGAGCCGAUCUAUACAUCAAGAACAGACGCAGUGAGUCAGCAUCUCGUCCUCACUCAUGGCACUCAACGAAGCUCACUGAAGGCCAGCAGGAAGAGGACCAUGGAGGGAUGGACACGAUGAGCAGUGCCUGGCAUCCUAGCUACCAUGCCAGUGCCUCGACUACAGACCUGUCUGGUGGGUUUGACUCUAGCAGCAGCUACCUGAGGAAGAGUCCGGACCAGUACAGCUCUAGGGGCAGCAUGGAGAGCCUGGACCCUAGUCAGUCCACCCAGCUUCACUCCGGAGCUCAGCACCACCGCCCACUGGCCAACCCCACCUACAGUGGACCCCACCCCGCCUAUUCCUCCUGCCACCAGCUGUCCUCUGCCAGGUCCUCCAACAGCAUUGACCACCUCCACAGCAAACGAGACUCCGCCUACUCCUCCUUCUCCACUAGCUCUAGUAUUCCAGAGUACCAUGCCUCCACCCCCUCCUUCAGCCCAGAGCGCUGCUAUUCACUGGAGACCGUCUCUCAGAGAGGAGGAGGAAGUGGAGAGAUGCAGCAGGCUGACAUACGUUACAUCCAGACUGUUUACAACACCCAGCAGGGCUUAUCUCAAAGGCAUGAGCUGAGCUCCACCUCCUCUGCAGUGCUAUGCAACAGCGAUUCCAAAGGCGAUGUAGGGAUGAGGCCAGACCUAAGCGAUCUGCAAGGUUCAAUGGGCAGGAUCUUUUACCCAGGCAGCAGUUGCAGUAGCGGCAGUGGCAGCGGUGUUGGUGUACCAGUUUCAAACAGACACAGCGUGGGUCCUAUAUGGGGCCCGGCAGCCAGCCGCAGCUCCUAUGAAAGCCUAAAGGGGGCACCAGCUCCUCCAAGGCGCAGCGACAGCUAUGCAGCCAUCAGGAACCACGAGAGACCAAACUCCUGGUCCAGUCUAGAGCACGGCCGCUCACUACGGUCUUUACAGAAGGGUUCCUGGCAUCACUCCAGUGGCCCUGUGGCCUCAUGUGCAGCUAAAGGUUCGUACAGUGCUGAGGGUCAACUUCACACAGUUAUAGAGAAAAGCCCAGAGAGCAGCCCCACCACAAAGCCCCGACAGGGUGGAAGUUUUCCCCAGCCCUCUUCCCCUACAGGACCAGCAGGCCCCAGCCCCCAGUCUGGUCGGCUCAUUCUUCCCACCGAUAUGUACCCUGUCCCCCAGCCUGAGCCCCAGUAUGCACAGAUGCCCACCGUCAGCCCCAGGCCAGGCUCCUCCGGAGCCUACCCCGCUCUGGCAAAGGAGAGCAGCCGACAGCAGCACCAGGCCUUGCAUGGCGUCGGAGGGAGAGAGGAAGGAUCCACAGAGGCGCAGGGGGAUGGAAGGAUGAUAGCUACAGAAAAUGGAUACCAAAAUAACACUUCUUCCUCACCAUACCCAUAUUCCUCUUCCUCAGCAUCUGUCGCACCACAGCUCAGGACUCAAGCACAAGAAGCAGACAGGCCUCAGCAGGAUGAGUGUAACUUUGGACUCUACAGACCCCUCCUGAAAACUGCUGGAGGGGGAACCGAGAGACAGGCAGGGGCCCAAAGGCCCCAAAACCACCAGGGACCUCACGGUCAGAGCUUGCAAGGGUUCCAUGUUCAUACAAGCCAGGGACCCCACAGCCUAGUGUUCCAGGAACAGAACCAGGAUUUCCAUAUUUCCCAUAUCCAGUCGACUCCUGGACUCAGGCCCCAAUCCUCACAAGAGUGGAGGGAACCCUGUACACCUGUCCAUUUGAGGGGAAGCAGGAGCAGGUACACUAAAGGUUCGUACAGUGCUGAGGGUCAACUUCACACAGUUAUAGAGAAAAGCCCAGAGAGCAGCCCCACCACAAAGCCCCGACAGGGUGGAAGUUUUCCCCAGCCCUCUUCCCCUACAGGACCAGCAGGCCCCAGCCCCCAGUCUGGUCGGCUCAUUCUUCCCACCGAUAUGUACCCUGUCCCCCAGCCUGAGCCCCAGUAUGCACAGAUGCCCACCGUCAGCCCCAGGCCAGGCUCCUCCGGAGCCUACCCCGCUCUGGCAAAGGAGAGCAGCCGACAGCAGCACCAGGCCUUGCAUGGCGUCGGAGGGAGAGAGGAAGGAUCCACAGAGGCGCAGGGGGAUGGAAGGAUGAUAGCUACAGAAAAUGGAUACCAAAAUAACACUUCUUCCUCACCAUACCCAUAUUCCUCUUCCUCAGCAUCUGUCGCACCACAGCUCAGGACUCAAGCACAAGAAGCAGACAGGCCUCAGCAGGAUGAGUGUAACUUUGGACUCUACAGACCCCUCCUGAAAACUGCUGGAGGGGGAACCGAGAGACAGGCAGGGGCCCAAAGGCCCCAAAACCACCAGGGACCUCACGGUCAGAGCUUGCAAGGGUUCCAUGUUCAUACAAGCCAGGGACCCCACAGCCUAGUGUUCCAGGAACAGAACCAGGAUUUCCAUAUUUCCCAUAUCCAGUCGACUCCUGGACUCAGGCCCCAAUCCUCACAAGAGUGGAGGGAACCCUGUACACCUGUCCAUUUGAGGGGAAGCAGGAGCAGAUCAAUGGAACAGACCAGCAUUGAUUCAGAGCAAGGGGCGUCCUCCAAGCUCACCCAGUUCAACUCACCUGUUCAACCUCAGCCUCAGGCUCCACCUCCUUCUACCUCCCAGCCUUCUUUCCAUCAUCUCAGUGACUCGUCAGCUCUUCAGUACCAGCACUGUGACCACAGAGAGCGGGACAAAGACAGAGAACACCCACUGACCCGCCUGGAGAUCGCCCUUGCCGAGGUCCAGCAAUGCGCGAGCCCCAACAGUGUCACCUCUGCGAGCAGCCAUGGCAACAGUAGCUCUGGUGAUGGCAGCCAGGGACCUGCCCGUAGCCUCUCUGUCCUGGAGAAGGUCAGUCGUUUCGAACGUCGGGAACGCACCGGAAAGCAGCGCAGUCAAAGCACCACCAACGUCCACAGCAAACCUACCCAUCGGAGGAUGUCUGAGAAAGGCCGCAGUGCCGCCUGUGGAGCAGAUGACCUCAGAAACAUGCUGGAGAGAAGCACCAAUGGGACCAGAGCACACAGGACUCUGAGCUGCAAGGGAGGCAGCAGUGAACACAUAAAAUACAGGACCCCAGCAGAUCCCAGUUCAGCCCUCCAGAGGAGUCGCAGCAGCUUCCAGCUGGAUGAAUCCAGGGAGGGUGACACCAGCAAAGAUUUCUCCUGGAGAGAAGACAUCCAAGAGAUGCUGGGCUCCAUGCAGGACACAUCCUUCAACAGAUCUUAUAGGGACUCUUUGAAAGAUGCCCAGUCUAAGGUCCUGCGAUCCACCUCCUUCAGACGAAGAGACCUCAGCUCCUCGACCAGCCCUCCGCCUCCUGCAGUUCCUUCUCCCAUCUCCUCCUCCAUCAGCCAUCAGCCUCUGCCCGUCACUACCAAGCACCACAGCCUGGAGAAAAAAGGCCCAAAAACCAUGCCAAAACCACAGGGCAUUGUCAUUACACCACAGUCUGCACCACUGGUCACCUCCCCUCACACCCCGAAGGAGCGGCAUGUGGUUAGCCCAGAGAUUCGAGGGCCAAGCCCCCCAGCGCUCCCCAAAGUCCCGCCUGUUGGACCUCCUGUUCUGAUGCGGAUCUGCGGCCGCAAGCGUCUUGGAGCAGACCAGAAGAAGCGCUCAUACUCAGAGCCAGAGAACAUGAAUGAGGUUGGGAUUUCUGAUGACGAGACUGCUGACAUCUUCCGGCGUGGAGGAGAGACCAGCGUGGCAGACCGGCGGAAGAUGUUCGAGCUUGCAGCAAGUCGUGUCGGGAGCAGGGCUUCUCAAACUGCUACGUCAAGGCCCAACUUACGGCAGCUUCAGCACAGCGCUCUGGCUGAGUAUAUAGAGAGGAAGAGAGGCAUGAAAAGAGACGAGGGAGAACAGAGGAGUGGACUGAGGUCUCGCAGUGUGUAUCUACAGCCUGAAAACAGCAGUCAUACAGACACCCUCAGCCUCUCCUCCACUUCCAGCCUGCUCUCCCUCCAGGACUCUGGCACAGAUCCAAGCUUCUCCUCUGAAGAGAGGCGUCUCUGCUCCACUCUCCCUUCUGGUGCCGACCUGCGGAGCCUUGAGUCCAAUCUCUUCUACCCGGGCAGGGUGACCACUCCGAGGCCUCCGGUGCACCCACCUCCUAGUGCUCCUCCUGGCUCCUCUCCUGAGUCCCAGGCGCAGACCAUCCAGAAUCUCGCCCCUGCGACAGGGUUCAGUAGACAGAGUCAGUCAUCCAGCAGAGACUCAGGGCUGGACCAACAGCAGCUGGCCGCAGAUCCUCAGUACAACUUGGGACUCUCCAAGCAGCUCAACGGGGCCCUGCAAAGGGCCGGGUCAGCUCAGGGCACCAGGAAGUCGGCCUCUGUUGAGGAUCUCCUGGAGAGAUCUGAGGAGAGACAAACAACUCUUCAACACUACCGCUCCUCCCCAACAGUAGAGAGACUGAACCAGGACUUCCCUCCAGGUGAUGUCAGGACAUUUGGUGUUUUCGUUUCAGGACCUGGACGCCACUCUGUGCCUGAGGACAGAACUGCAGACAUCCAGGUAUCAGGGGACCUCGUCUCCCCUCAACACUCUGAGAACAGUAUGAACACCGUCCAGCCUGCAGGAUCGCAAGGCUGCUCCCACACUCCGGUCACUCGCAGGGAGCGACGGAGAAACUCAGAGCGGCAGCGAGCCAACAGCACCUCCACCUUGGCAGCCUCCGUUGGCCUGCCCUCCCCCUUUUCCCCAUCCGGGACUCAGGAUGAAGGUAACACUGAGUGGCAUGCUAGCGAGAGGCUGAGCCAGGCCAACCUGGAUGACAUAACCUUCCCAGGGAUCCCACCAACCAGCACAGGUGAUGGCUUUAACGCUACUGGCUCCAAUGAAACCCCGGUGACGGACAGACAGACAAGACACAGUUUGAGUGAUACCAGCAUAUUAGAAGACACUGCAAAGGACAUGUACAGAGGGAGAGCCUCCAGUUUAGAGAUGAGUAGAGAGCAUUCUGCAGAAAACAACAAUCGAGUUUCAUCGGUGACGCCAACACCCCUUCCCCAUUUCCAGCUUGCAGCCCCACCAAACAGGAAGGACAGCGGUAGCCCCAUGUCGUCUCCUUCCCCAUUCUCCCGUCCAUCCAUUUGCCAGCGCCUGUCUUCACUGCGAAUCUCCGAGUCCAGCCUCUUCAGCUCCAUCGACCAGCAGCAGCCACUAGAAACAAGCCUGUCGCAUUUUGACUUUGACGAGGUCUUCCUCCAAAAUCCUGCCCCUCUGUCACCUUCUCUGCCAAUCAAAGAGACAAGCUUCGUGGAAGACUUCCCUCCUCCUCCUUCUCCUCCUCCUCCUGCGCCACCCCUCGAGUUGGUGCCAGAAGUUGGAAACCAGACUGUGGGAAGUCCUGGCGUGGAGGUCUUAAACAACCCCAUCAUUCCCACCCGGAAGUCUUCCCUCCACUCCCCUCCGAUGUCUCCUUCCUCCUCCAUCUUUCCUGCACCUAUGGCCAGCCUCUUUCCCUCCCUGAAGCCCUCCACCAUUACCUCCAUCACUACAUCCACCACUUCCGAGGACAGCCUAAGUCUUCAGUACCAGCCCAUCCCCAAGAGGGAAAAGACAUCCGAGGAGCUGCGAGCAGAGGCGCUGGCCCGGCAGUUGGUCUUGCAGGACCGCUCUCUGGCACCCCUCCUGGACACGUGGGGGGGUAAAUCCACUGUAGAGCUCAUGGAGGAGAUCUUUCCAAACAGCAAAACGGUGGGGAAUUCACCAUGGCAACGCAGGGGUAGUAGCCAAUUGGAUGACAGGAUCCAAGAUGGGGUCUGUGAUCCAUCUCAGAGCACAGCGACAGAUCAUGGGAAGGAGGAAGAGAAAGACCUCAACACCAGGAAGGUGGAGCUGUGUGAGGCUCUGAGGUGCAGCGUGGCAGCUCUGCGGCAGGAGAAGGAAGCACUGUGUGAGGAGCAGAGAUGUCACCAGGCGCUGGGGACGAGAAUCGAAACGCUGGUACAGGAACACCUCAAACCCAACGAGAAGGAGAAGUACAGCAUGUUCAUUGGAGAUCUGGAGAAGAUCGUGAACCUGCUGCUGUCUCUGUGCAGCCGGCUGUCGAGGAUUGACAGAUCUCUACUGGCUCUGGAGAGAGAGGAUCUGACGCAGGAGGACACAGCAGAGGAGAGGGAUUCCCUCCAUCACAAACGCUCUCUGCUCCUCUGUCAAACUGAAGACGCCCGGGAGCUGAAGGAGAACCUGGACCGGCGGCAGCGCGUGGUCCACGCCAUCCUGUCCGGCUACCUCACCGAACCGCAGCUUCAGGACUACCGUCGCUUCAUCAGCACCAAACCCUCUCUUCUGAUUUGCCAGCGGCGCCUUGACGACAGCAUACGUCAGGGGGAGGAGCAGCUGACGCGAUUGGCCGAGAGCCUGCCACAGGAGCUGGCUGAGGCUCACGGCUGGUCAAGAGGUUGUCCUUUCUCAUCGUCAAGCCCUGCACCCUACUCUUCUCCUUUCCCACCGCUGCUUCCUCCCUCUGUGAUACCAGGCCCCGCCCACUUAGUCCGAUCCACCACUGUGACAUCACUGUGAUGUAAUGGACAGGCCGCUAUUAUGAGUGGCAGUGAAGGACACGAUGGAGAGGAGAUAAUUGGCUUCCUAAAACUAACUCAGAGCUCGAGAGAUGUUCUAAAUUGAAGAAGCUUAACAUGAAGAAAGAGUUGGCCUGAAACGGGCUCUAUUCACUCUGAAACUACUAUGCAGACUUCACACAUGUCGAAGAAAAGCCUUUAAUGUGCCUCAUUUUAUUCACACCCAACUGUACGUUACGUCUCUUUUCACCUUCACGCCAGCGCUGUGUGGACUGAAGUGACUGCUGCCAAUAUCUAAUGAUCCUCUGCUCUGAAAGGUGAUUUCAGGUUGGAAGUUCAGUGUUGAUUUUCAGUUCUGCUUGAAAGGACAAUUCCAGUGUCACGGGUCAUUCCCUGCAGUUUUCCAGCUUUCAUCAUGUCUGAAAUACUUGAUGUUUGCUUUCAGUGUCUCAGUAUUCUGAAUCUAUCUGAUUUCAAGCUGUAAAUGUAAAAUUCAGCUUUAAAUUUAUGUUCCAUUUUGCAGAUAGAUCAGAAACUCCCACAUUUCCAGAAAUAUUACAGAGUACUAGGGCUGACCCCGAAUAGUUGAAGAUUUGAUGCUUCGAUGGGCGGAGCCUGAUUUGACUGUGAGAAGCUUCAUGGCAAAACAAGGAUCAUGCCAUUUUGGCGAUAUGCGGGUGCUCAACGUCUGAUUUUACACAGAACUACCAAUUUUCUCCUAUAGUAAGUUAGUAUACAGCCUAUUACAAUAUACAGGUGCUGGUCAUAUCAUUAGAAUAUCAUCAAAAAGUUGAU